AUGGAGGAUUUCUUGAUGGUUCCCUGCGAUGCUACUGAUGAUAAUGAGUGCAGGAAAAUUUGGUCACUUCUGCGCAGUGGGAAGUUUUCCUGUCCCACCACCAAGGAGCCUUUCAGCAGCCCAAAUAGCAAAGGAGACCUCAACAAGUGCAUGAUGUGCCAAAGGCUGCUGGAAAGAGACUCAAACAAAGGGAGUGGUGGAGAGGCGGACAGGAAUGUGAACUCCUUGGGAAAGGAUGACUGUCGGGAGUUUCGGGAUCUGUUCAAGAAAGGGAAACUUUCCUGCACCAGAGAAAAUGACCCUGUCCGGGAUGCCUCUGGGAAGCAACACAGCAAUAAGUGCAUCAUGUGUGCAGAGAAGUUCAAAAGGGAGAAUGAGCGGAAGUUAUCUAAAAACAGACAAGGAAAAGAUAAGGACGACUGCAGCGAGUUUCGCUCCCAGUUUGAAGCUGGUGGACGACUGUCCUGCACGAGGGAGAAUGACCCUGUCCGGGAUGCCUCUGGCAAGCAGCACACCAACAAAUGUCUCAUGUGUGCCGACAAGUUCAAAAAGGAAGCUCAAAGAGGAGGUCAGUCUGGUGGAACUGGCCAGCGUAACAGAUUACCCACUUCAGAGAGGACAAACCAGAAGAACUGUGGUGGUUCACGGCAGGGGGUAAAUGACAGACGUCCCUUCUCAGCGGGCCGAGGCUGCUAG